CCUCCAUGCAAGAGGAACCUGGGCGGAGCUGCCAGAGCUGCGCAUGAGCGUUGUCUCUGUUUCCUGGUUGUGGUGACGACUUGAACGGCUGGGGCAGAGGCUUUCAUUGGUUUGGUUUGCUAGUUUGGUUCUUCCCUGCAUAUUCCUCUCCCCGGCGCGCGCUCUUCAAACUGCAGCAGCAGCAGCUCCUCCUCUUCCUUCUCCCGAGAGUGAGCGGGAGGCAUGAAGCUGAGCAAAGCCCAGUAUGAAGAGAUUGCCCAGUUCCUGGCUCAGAUACCCCCCACUAGGCAGAGCCUCAGGAAACUGAAGGACAGAUUUCCCAGUCAAUCGCAGUCCACUCUGCUGAGCAUCUUCUCCCAGGAGUACCAGAAACAAAUUAAAAAAACACAUGCCAAACAUCAUACUUCAGAGGCAACUGAUGCUUAUUAUCAAAGGUACUUGAAUGGAGUGAGCAAAAAUGCAGCUUCUCCUAUAUUGUUGGAACUGGCUAAUGAGGUGAAUUUUGCUCCGUCACUGAUGGCUCGAAUUGUGUUGGAAAGAUUUCUCCAAGAGCAAGAUGGAUUAACUUCUUCCAAAACUCUUAUAAACAGUAUGCUGCGGGACCCUUCUCAGAUUCCAGAUGGAGUUCUAGCAAACCAGGUCUAUCAGUGUACUGUGAAUGACUAUUGUUAUGGACCACUGGUGGACUGCAUCAAACACGCUAUUGGACAUGAACAUGAAGUCUUACUACAAGAAAUGCUUUUGGAUAAAAAUAUAUCUUUCUUAGCUGAAGAUCAACUGCGUGCAAAGGGUUAUGACAAAACACCAGACUUCAUAUUAGAAGUGCCAGUUGCUGUAGAAGGACAUAUCAUUCAUUGGAUUGAAAGCAAAGCCUCAUUUGGUGAUGAAAGCAGCCACCGAGCCUACCUUCAUGACCAGUUCUGGAGCUACUGGAACAGAUUUGGUCCCGGACUAGUUAUCUAUUGGUAUGGAUUUAUUGAAGAGUUGGAUUGUCAUCGCAAUCGGGGUAUCCUGCUCAAAGAUUGCUUCCCUACUGACAUAGUUACUCUUUGAGACAGCAUGGCUGAGCCACAAGGGUGGAGAAAAGCUGAGAGGAAAAGGCAAAUCUGGAAGCAGUGUGACUUUCCUGCAGUAUAAACUAUUGGCAACAUCUUCUGUGACCUCCAGUUGAACUUUCGCUGUGCAGGAUCACACUACUACUACUUUAGACAAACACAUGAAGGGUUUCUGUUUUACCUCAAUCUUCUGCUGAUGCAAGCAGCCAAAAAAUACAGACACAGCCCAAACAUUAUCAGCAUUUCUGUCUCUGUCAAACAGUUUAUAGAUAGCCAUAAUCUUUCUUCCUUCCGGAUGGCUUCUCCUUGCACUUCGAACAAAAGAAGAAAUGUGGAGGCUAAAAGGUGUGGCUUUCAGUUUUCCUCUGUGAUGUGAACUCACCUUUCAAAAAUGCCUUCUGUCAUACAAAACCUUCUUCUGGUAAAUGUUAAUAUCCAGACUGACGCUCAAAUAAGAAAAUUAGUUAAUACUUCAUCUCUGUUCUUAGUGUGUGGACUGUGCAGAUCUCAUACAGCUCACUCAGGAGUAGAAAAUUAUGUCAUCUGGCAAUGCACUGUUUUAAGUCUGAACUUCCUAGCUUUGGGCGCACAAAGCCAGACAAUUCACACUUUUAAUGUAAUUUUAAUGACUAGCAUAAGUUACUUCAUUUUGUGUUGUUAGAAGCAAAAUCAUAUAAUGGGAGUUUUUUUUCCCAAAAGGCUCAUAUCAGAUUUGAAAUUAAAACUUAAAAAUGUUUAUAGUGUAUAUUACAGUGGAUUAUCAUUUGAGCUUAACUUGACAAUCUGCGUUUCAAAGAUAUUUUCAGUAGUAGCAUCUAUUUAGAUGGGUUCCCUUCAUUUCUGUUCACAUCACUCACACUAUUCUAUACUGAAUUUACCCCUAUUUUUGUCCCUAUGUUGUAUAUACCUAACAAAGCAAAUUAUUUAUUUGGAUAUUUUACAGUGCAGAGAACUGAAAACCAGCGCAUAGUGACUGGUCAGUAUAACCAAAGAUCUGAAAACUGGACCUAAGUCACAAACAAAACAAAUUUACUGAAAUAAGAAAGCUAUAGACCCAAACAGGCCCACAUGAACCCUAAACGUUCCUGUCCGUGACUCUUAUGUUACCCAGUUUGAGACUACCGGUUCAUAAUCCUUCAGGAAUGAGUUGGAAUGUUAUAUUAGAAGAUGAGUGGAAAUAUUAUAUCAGUUCUACUCUUUCUUUGUCCCAGAAAAAAAAGGAACUAUUUCUUUAACCCUCAUUUAUUUGUCACUCUUUUCCCAAUCCUAAUUUGUGUUCUAUAUUAAUACUUUCCUACAUUAAUUAUCAUUUCGGGAUUUUGGAUCAUGUUGUGAUUAAAUACCUGUCUCAGCAAGCCAAUGUUCCACUUUUUAUCGAGUAGAUUGUGUCACACACCCCACACACACCGUUCUAGGCAAUAUUUCUUUCAGACAGACAAUUUUGCUUUCUUGUUUUUAUUCUUUUUUUUAAUGAGGAAAAUUGUGUGCUGUAUUUUUAAAAAUAGAUUUCAUUUCCAGCAGAGGAAUCUUACUGCAAUGUCAAGAUCAUGGCCUACUUAUUACGAAAAGAUUACCCUGGCAUUUUGGAAGUAGGUUCCUUUGAAAGGUGAAACCUUCAGAAAAAAACUUAUUCUAAGCAGCUGUAACUCAUUUAUGGUCAGCUACUUAACAUAUUGUGAGAGGCUUACAGGUCUACGCAUAAACAUUAGGCAGAAAAAUGUGAAGUGUGUAACUGCCUAGUUCUACACAGAAGAAGCAUUUAGAAUGCCUUUGUCACUAAGCAUAAAACUUUAUUCUGCAACAAGCCUGGAGAUGAGGACUGUCUAAAUGGAAAAGGCUUUGAAGGCUUGAGUUACAAAACUGAACCCUGUGUGUGAAAUAAUCUGUGUGAAAUAAUUAUAAGAUGGUCAGGUACUCCUCCCCCCCCCCAAUUAAAUUUAUAUGCACAGAUGUUGAAAAUCCUGCACGUACCUAAUCUAAUCCAUGUUUUGUAUGGACUUGAUGUGAAAUUUGUGUUAAGGGAAGAUAGAUAAAUGAAGUGCUCAUGAUUUGUUAUUUUUGCCUUUCUAUAAAUGCAUCAGAGUUGACUGACUGUGUUGGCAUCAGAGUUUUUUUGUUCACGUUCAUAUGUACUUAUUUCUAAAUAAUCACAUUAAAAAUAGUACAAAACAAGUUAUGAAUGCA